AUGGGCGGUUUAACGAAUGCAUUCUUAGGCCUGGAGCUUAGAAAUUCGCUAGUACAGCACUUUAUGGCAAGCGAAUGCAACCUCUCUUCAAAGAAAAUACGACUAGACAAUAAAAUACCAAGACACGGCCAUGGACUUACGAAUUACGCUUUUAUUGAUGAAUUUGUCUUCCACAUCAACUCGAAAAGAAGCUAUGAAUGGGCUCUCAAGGCUAGAGCGCCAGUAACUGUCGUUCCCGUUACUCGAGCCAGGUCAGCAACAAUUAUGGGUGCGAUGGCUAUUCAUGGAGUUGUCAAGAUAACCGUGCGAAAACCAAACCCGCCAUCAAACAAGAAACGACAACAUGCAGAAGAUGGAAAGAAAAAAAUGGGCACCGGAACAAACACCGAUCAUUAUGUGUAG